AUGAGCUUUCAAGGAAAGAGCAAGCAAGGCUGCUGUUUGUGUCACUUGUUUGUUUGCUGGCAGAAAGGCAAGCAGAAAUUGUGGCACUGGCAGGUGAGCAAAUUGGUCAGCCUCAAGACGUUCUGUGAUGAUCCCGCCAACAACAAAAAGGGCAUCAAGUUCAAGAGCCAGAGUGAACGCAAGCGGUUUGUGAAGGAGACGCUGGGUCUAAAGGUGGUGGUGGACCCACGAACUAACGAGCCAGCUGUUCCAGUGCAUGACCACUCCCUCAUGCUGGUCGGCCACCGCAAGUCAGCAAAGCGCACCCGGGAAGAGACGGCUGAGGACAAGGGAGCUGCCAAGGAAUCGUUUACCAAGGCCAAAGCCGGCUUGGACGUGAAGGUCAACACCAAGGACCGGUGCUCUGACAGCGGCAGCUCUGCUAGCAGCAAGAGCUCGGGGAACUCCUCCAAGUCCUCAUUUGGCAUGCGGUCUGACUCGGAGGAGGGCAAGAAAAAGGGCAAGCGCAAGGCAGCCGGCAAGCUUUCCUCAGCGAAAAAGAAAGCGAAGGGCCAGCAAGAAAAGCUGCCGGCACCAGGGUCUCUUCCCACUGCCAAGCGCAAGCAGGGAAAGCAGAAGGACACGGGCGCUAACACGGUGUGCUUGGCAAGGAAGCAGCUGGAGUUGCUUCAGGAGCUCACAGCCUCUGUUGUGUGGAAGAGUGUCAUCCGGGCGUCGGAGCUGGACAGGAGGUUGGCAAAGGGCCAGAGCACUGUGGACGAGCUUGAGGGGUUGCAGUCGAACCCUCGCGCAGAUGAGGAGACGAAGAAGCUUGCUGAGGAGAUGCAGACCAAGAUCUUCACCUUGUGCCAGGAGGCAGCGUCAGUUAAGGAGAUCUCCCGGGUCAUUCGCCAAAGCUCCCCUGCCGACCUUGCCGAGGAUGUGCGGUGUGGAGGCAAUCUCCGAGAGAAUUUCCUUCGGUGCAGCCCCGGCAUUUUGGUUGACCACCAGACCUUGACAGAGAUGUUGCAGGCCAUAGCCAAGAAGCUGGCAGAGGCAGUUUGGCUGAUGAGGCAAGUUCCCCUAGCGUUCAAACUAGUGUGGGUGCAAUGUUGGUUUGUUGUUUAG